GUGGUCAAACAAAACGAGCCCAAACACUUGUGUGCAGGCCGGCAUGGAACUUGUCACCAUGGGUAUCACGUGACGCGUCCUUCCCCUGCUUCUCGGGAAUGGCCAACAGCGAGUGUCAGUGCUCACCUCGUCCAUCAUUUCCUUCUCUGAAAUUUGUUCGUCCAUCUCAGACAGAUUUGCCGUCGAACGGGAACUGCAUCUCUUUUUUGCACUUUGCGUAGAAUCGCCAUGAAGUUUCCAUGGCUGGAGUUGGCCUUGACAGGCUUCGGCGCUACAGCAGGCGAGGCUGAGGUGGACGAUAAUGUUCACAACAUUGCCAUCAUAGGUGCUGGUGCAGCUGGCUCAUCAACAGCCUAUCAUCUCAGUCGGUUCGCUCAGACGCUACCGUCAAACGCGCCCGCCCUUAACGUCACUAUCUUUGAGAAGACAGACCGCAUUGGUGGACGUUCUUUGACCGCCCCAGCGCCAUCAGGGCAGCCGAUCGAGCUUGGAGCUAGUAUAUUCAUCACAAAGAACGAGAUUCUACUCAAUGCAACGCGCGACUUCGACCUUGCCCUGGGGGGCCUGCGCGAGGGCUCUCCCGGUGAUAUCACUGCCAUUUGGGAUGGCCAGGAAUUCGUCUAUCAGACUACCGACGGGGAGAGCUGGUGGUGGGAUGUCGGCAAGAUGUUAUGGAGAUACGGCAUGAGCCCAUACAGGGCUGUGAAUCUCGUCAAAGACACUGUGGGCAGAUUCCUUGAACUAUACAAGGAGGAUAACUUCCCCUUUAGGUCAUUAACGGCAAAGGUCUACGAGCUUGGCCUUGUCAAGCAGACGGGUAUCACAGGCGCAGAAUUGCUGAAGCAGAACAACAUUGACGAGAAGUUUGCAAGGCACAUCAUACAAGCAGCCACACGCGUCAACUAUGCCUCGAACUUGGCAUUCAUUCAUGGCGUGGAGGCGAUGGUGUCGUUUGCCACCGAGGGUGCUGUAUCUGUCGAGGGCGGUAACUGGCAGAUCUUCGACAAGAUGGUCCAAAGCAGCGGCGCUACUCUUCACCGAAAUACAUCCGUGGCAUCCAUCAGCAGGCCAAAGCAGGAUGGGAAGUACUUCGUCUCGACAAAGGUAGAUGGCUCAGCAUCCACAGCCGAAGCCUAUGGCAUCGGCUUUGACGAGGUCGUCAUCGCCACGCCCUGGCAGUUCAGCCAAAUCACUACCGACGCGUCGGUCCUAAGGCACAAGAUCGAGGAGGUUCCAUACACAAAACUUCACGUCACGCUCUUCACCUCACCAUUCAGACUCCACCCUCAGUUUUUCGGGCUUGCUCCCGGUGCAAAGGCUCCCAGUAACGUGUACACCACUCUUGGCGAGGACGAAACGCCCGCCAGUGGCGCUGAUGGCGUAGGCCGCACCGGGUUCUACAGCAUCAGCACCCUACGAACGACCAACAAUCCUACCACUGGGCGUCUGGAGUUUGUCUACAAGAUCUUUUCCGCCGAAGCCAUCUCCCCAGCGUUCCUGAGCUCGGUGCUGGGUACCGCGGUGCCUGACAGCUUUACGGGUGACAAGUCACCGAUUAGCUGGUAUCAUCCCGUGUGGUUCCACUCCUAUCCCAUUGAGCUGCCGCGGGUCACAUUUCAAGAUCCGGUGGUUGGCGAUGGUGUAUGGUACACAGGUGGCAUGGAGAGCUUCAUUUCGACGAUGGAGACGAGUGCCUUGAUGGGGAUGAAUGUGGCAAAGCUGAUUGUCGAUGAGGUUGGGAGCUCUGCACAGAAGGGCGGCGAGGACAAGGUCGCAAAGAAUACAUAUGGCAAGGGCGCGGACGGUCCUGGCGAUGAGUUGUGAUAUAGCGAAUUUGUGAUGCUUUUAGUAGCGAUA